UAAAUUAAUAACAAGCCAAUAUGCUAAGAUUGGUAAAGCAGUUUAUUGGUGAAGCCUUAUUGUGAUUGUUCAGUCCAUAUAUACACGAUAUUUUACAUCUGUAUGUAUGUCUCUACACAUACGCCUACAAUUCUAUUAUAUACAUUCGAGUAUAUACAAACAAAUACACAUAAAAAAACCUACAUAAAAGAAAUACAGACGAUGCAGUUUUUCGAGUGAAAUAUGAAAAGAAACGAAUCGGUGUGUCGCUUUAAAUAAAUUAAUGUUGAUUAUGAAAAAUUGAUUAAAUCGAUUGAGCCCACAUAAUUGCGUUUUUAGUGGGUGGAAGUCGCGCUCUUCGUUUCUGUUAGGUGUGGUUAAUAUACAUAGGGACAGAUGUUGCUGUCCCCAAGAGACAGAGCGACAAGCGAGCGCACCUGUGAAAUAAUAUACGAAAUAUAAGGUAGCAGUUUAUCUCUAAUCACCGUCGGCCCGUUGUGCGGUAUUUAUUGCAACAUGAACACUGCGGCGGAGGCCAGUGCUGCCGCCAACCAGAGCCAAAGUAAUCAGUUGACGUCUUCCUGCAAUGAAUUGCAAUCCGAGGACUAUGUACUCCAUGUACAUAUGCCAAACAAGAGUUUUAAGGCAAUUCGUUUCGGUGAACAUGAGACCGUUUUCAAUAUUAUCCAAAAAACUGUGAAGGAUUUCGGACGUGAUGGUCAACCGCAGGCUAGCAGUCAACGUUAUGCCUGUCGCAUGCUAAAUAUGAUAACCAAAGAGGAGCUAUGGCUGGCGCGUACAACGCCAAUGAACAAAGUUCUAACCCAUAUCCUAAGUCCAGGAUGCUCUAAUGUGGAUUGUCCCAAGAAUGAUGAUGCCACAAAAGCAGAGCUGGUGCAAAGGGAACAGGAUCAAAGCCAUGGCCGACGAGUCAUUACCAAUAGAGUUUGGCGUGUGGAGCUUCGUGUGCGUUAUGUGCCGACCAGUAUUCGGGAUCUGUUUGAUGAAGAUAAAACCACAUGCUUCUAUUACUUUGAUCAGGUCAAAGAAGACUUCAUUCAGGCCAAUAUUACGGCUAUUGACACUGAGCUGGCUGUUCAAUUAUGCUGUCUGGGCAUACGACAUUACUUUAAAAAUAUAACUGUAAAAGCGCCGGAUAAGAAACAACAUAUUGAUUAUAUUGAAAAAGAAAUUGGAUUUAAAAGUUUUUUACCACAAUCUGUGAUAGCCACAACAAAGCCAAAGAACCUCAAAAAAAUGAUACAAGUCGGUUACAAAAAAGUCUACAAUUAUAAUGAUAUUGAGUACUUGACCAAAUUCUUCGAUCUGUUGAAAAAUUUGUAUUUAACAGACUAUGAGCAAUUUUCGGUCACAUUGAGCUCUGCAUGGAAUAUAUCAGGAAUUCUGCAUGUUGGACCACAUAUAGGAAUCUCUUAUCAAACUCAUCCGCAAGCAAGUCUAACGAAUGUUGCCCAAUUUAAGGAUGUUAUGGGUAUUAAGACCUGUACAUUACCAAAAGAAAAACUAAAUAGAGAAAAUUCCACGGAACUCGAAACAACUCAGAACACAAAUUGCAAUUGUCAGAAAAUCAAAACACAAAUCAAAAUAUCUGCCUCUAAUAAUAUGGAAGAUUUAGUAAUAACAUGCAAUGGCAUCAAUACGGCUGAAAGUAUUGCUGACCUAAUCGAUGGUUAUUGUAGAUUGCUAUCAAAAAAAUCCGAGUUUUCAAUUUGGCAACGAGAAACCAGCACAACCAAUGUCGAGAAGCCAACCACAGCAACAACAACAACUACUCCCAAUGAGUCAGUUCAACAGGAUGUAGUUCCAAGCACUGGAAAACCAAUGCUAACGGAUGAUUAUGCUGAAAUUGGUUUAUUAGAGGGCGAGGGUGAUUACUCUACUCCAACAGUUCGUAAUUAUGAGCUGGAUCGAAAUCAUAUUAUUCUAAGUGCCAAAAUUGGAGUUGGUCAAUUUGGUGAUGUCUAUGUGGGCACUUAUACCCUUCCCAAAUCGUCCAAACUAAAGGCUGCAGCAAGCAGCAGCACUCAUUCCAAUGGUACUGAACAAAAAUCGAAUGAUGGCAAACCUGAUGUCAUUCAAGUGGCCAUCAAAACUUGUAAAGCAAACGAAGAUCCCGAAAAGACAGAAAAUUUUCUUGCCGAAGCUUAUAUAAUGCAGAAAUUCGAUCAUCCACAUAUCAUUCGAUUGAUUGGCAUAUGCAGUGUUAUGCCCAUUUGGAUUGUCAUGGAGUUGGCCAAAUUAGGUGAAUUGCGUGCAUAUCUCAAGGCAAACAGCGACAGAUUAACUCAUGGAACACUUUUAAAGUACUGCUAUCAAUUGUCAACGGCUCUCAGUUAUUUGGAAUCCAAAAAAUUUGUACACAGAGACAUUGCGGCCAGAAAUGUCCUCGUCAGCUCACCCACAUGUGUUAAGUUGGCAGAUUUUGGAUUAUCACGUUGGGUUUCUGAUCAAUCGUAUUACCAUUCAACACCCACGGUUGCUCUGCCCAUUAAAUGGAUGUCCCCAGAGUCCAUAAAUUUCCGUAGAUUUACCACAGCCAGCGAUGUUUGGAUGUUUGGUGUUUGCAUUUGGGAGAUACUUAUGCUGGGUGUGAAGCCAUUUCAAGGGGUUAAGAACAGUGAUGUCAUCUCGAAACUGGAAAAUGGAGAACGUUUGCCCCUGCCACCAAAUUGUCCGCCAAGGCUAUAUUCACUAAUGUCACAAUGCUGGUCAUAUGAACCAUUGAAAAGACCAAAUUUUAAGCGAGUUAAGGAAACAUUGUAUGAAAUUUUGCUUGAGGAUAGUAUAAGUGCAUCGGAGACAAUGAGACGAGAGCAUCGUCGGGUGGCAGCCAUGUCCUGGGUGGGCGAUGACUCCGAUAUUCCGCCAUCAAAACCAGCCAGAACAAUGCACGAUUUUGACAUUCCCAACAUGAUGUCUUCAAAAUCCGAUGAGCCGCCGGGCAUAGCUCAGACAUAUAUUAUUGCACAGAAUCCGGCAGUGCUAGCUAGACUUAUGAUGGACAAUCAAAAGCGUGGCAUCAAUCCGGCUGCAUACACCACACCUGCUUCGGUAUUUAAUACUCUAGCCGUAGGCUUAGAUGACAGCAAAUCGAACGUUUCGCUUAAGACUACUAAGCUGCCAGCAGCUGAUUUAUUAAAACUAGAUCCUAUAGCCGAGUCUGAUAGGCUUAAAUUGAAAUUUCCUACUAACAGCACAUCUACACAAAAUCUUAAUCUUAACCCAUCGUCAUCAUCAUCGUCGACAUCCCCUUCAGUAGCUAGCUCCUUUGAUCCAACCAGUUCUACAACGACAGCUAACUUUGCCCAUAUAAAGCCGCAAUCGUCACAUCCAGAAGAUGCCUCGAGUCUAUACACAGGACAUUUACCACUCAAGGCUAACUUUAUUGUAUGUCCACCGCAUCAGCAUACCGAAGAACCGGGAUCGUCUAAAGUCGCAGCCGGUUACAGUUUGUAUGGAAGUCUUGAGAGACAUCAACCCACACCGGUGGCUAAGGUUUUGCACUCGAAAGGUGGUAGCUUGGAGCGCCAUCAAUCACUAAUGAAUGCCCAGAAUAUGCUUUUCUAUAAUCCACGAGCGGCACAGGGUCAUGUCAGUUCAAUGGCUCCCGAUCGCUCCCGGAGUAUGGAACGAAAUACAUAUUUCCAUGCCUAUCGCCAACAAAUGAAGACUUCCAUGGAAUGUGAAGCAUUGCCUGAGGAGAUAUACGAUUUUGGUGGUGCGGGCCUUAAAACUUGUGUGUCGGUUAAGCAAAAAUUAGAGAGUAAUGCUGCUCUAAUGACAGCCAAUUCAACAGCAACUCCAGAUGAAGGAGCAACUCCAAAUGAAUGUUUUAUGGCCAUGCCACCACAUUCUGGGGACAUCAAUCGACUUGAACAAAAUCAAUACGAUUGGCAACAUCAACGGGCACAUUCGCUGCCAAGGCCCCAAGUUAUGGAUCGAGAGUGCUCCAUUAUGGAAGGAGCUGUAUGCAUGUCAAUUCUUGAUGCCGACACUGUGGCUAAUCAGUCUAUGGGCGAAAAACUCAGGCAACAGCGUAAGGAAAGUAAUAGCGAUGGCGAAUGGUUAUAUCAAGAGGAAUUGAUUCGGAGGCGAUCUAGUUCGAUACCACCCGUGAUUGGAAACGAAUUAAUGCAGCAUUCGUUAAUAUUUAAGUCUGAUCUAAUGUCUGGUGGUGGACCAUCAAGCCUGCCCGAUUGUCCUAAUCCAGGAAAUGUGAAUUCCCGUCCCAUGACACCAAAUUCAAAUGCAAAUCCAAAUUUAUUGAUACAUAAAUCAAAUAACUCAUCGGCGGAUCAUUUGGAACAAACUGGCUCAAAUUUCAGAAAUAGCUCAGUGCCCACUUCCGUCGGCCGUUCUGUGAAUCGUGCGAACGAUGAGGUCUACUGUGCCACCACAUCGGUGGUUAAGUCCAUAAUGGCGUUAUCCCAAGGCGUUGAGAGAGCACAAACUGAAACCUAUUUGGAUCUUGUCAAACAUGUGGGCAUAGAAUUGCGUAAUUUACUAACAUCGGUGGACAAGAUUUCUGUAAUCUUUCCAGCACAGGCUUUAAAAGAGGUGCAAAUGGCUCAUAAGGUGCUUUCAAAAGACAUGCAAGAAUUGGUGUCGGCAAUGCGAUAUGCCCAACAAUAUAGCGAUACCACACUGGAUAGUGAAUAUCGAAAGAGCAUGCUAUCUGCGGCCCAUGUUUUGGCUAUGGAUGCCAAGAAUCUUUUUGAUGUGGUCGAUUCGAUUCGGCAGCGUUAUCAACUUAUCUAUCCGUCAACAACAAAUGUAUCGAGCUUUGAUACGGCUAAUCUUAUUUCAGCAUUGCCGCCUAUAGCCACAGAAUCCAUGCAUGAUAUGAGUGGCCAUAUGACACCGUCGGAACUUCUGCAACAUCGUUCAGGUGCUAACGAGGGUACAGGAAUAUAUGAUAACGAUUUGCAAGGAACAUUUAAUACACAAUUGCAUAAUACGAAUGCUGAUGGCAGAACAGGAUUAACCAGAGAAAUGUCUAUUGGUCUAAAUUCUGCUUCAUCGGGAGAACCUUUAAAAAUCGUUGAAGAUGAACUGAUUAGUCCGGGCGAGCAUAUGUAUUGCAAUACGUCCGCCUUACAUGGUCAUGCGUAAAUUUGGAGAAUUUACACACACACACACACUCUAAAUGUAGUGUGUAAUUUACUGUACAUAUAAAGUAAACCAAAAUCAGAAUAUAUAUUAUAUAAUAUGCUUCAUAUAUCUAUAAUAUAAAUGUUCCCUCCACCUCCUCCUCCUUUAUCAUUCUCAUAAACAAAACUUACUCCACUGUAAUUGUGACGAAACCCUAACCUCGGCUGGCCGCUUAAUAUUCUCACAUCGUCAUGUAGUCAAAAGUAAUUUAAGAUUAUAUAGAUGAGUCCUAUGCUCGUGGAUAGUUAAUCAGUCUAAUGCUAAUUUAACACAAAUUAAAUAUCGGUUUUAACACUAUUAUUUUUUGUCUCGUAUGCAUUUUAAGAAAAUUUAUACUUUAUAUCUAUACCGCGAUUUAUAUAUUCGAUCGACGCUUCACUCAGAACUAUAUGUAUGUAUGUAAGUUGGUGCAAAAUGCAUACACCGAACAAAUUAAAUUCAAAAAAAGAAGAAAGAUAUUAAAUACAUA